AUGAUCACCCACAUGGUUAUGGAUGAAUUCCUUCUUCAUGCAACAACCUUUGGCCUGAGCGUUUAUAUAAUUGCAACCCGAACGCUGAAGCUUAUUUCCCAACAAGUGCCAGACCAACGCAUUAGAAAGAACCUUCAAAAUAUCGGGCUGUUAGGCUGUGUUAGUUUCGCCUUUGGGUUCUUUGUGUGGCUGUUGGAUAACUGGCUAUGCCUGCAGUUGACCUCGAUUAAGCAUGCAGUUGGUUUGCCCUUGGCAUUUUUCCUUGAGCUACAUGGAUGGUGGCAUAUCUUCACCUGUAUCGGGGGCUAUAUUGGCGUGGCUCUCGUGGACGCAUUAACAUUAGACGAAGUCCGUGAGGACCCCUCUCUUGACCUCGCCUGGCCCGUCCCUUCCGUGGCAAAGCUAUUGGCAGGKGUAAAUGUUUCACCAAAGCAGGAAUAG